AGUUUUCGGGCCGUUUGACACCUCCAUUUUCCUCUCAUUUCGCAAAUUUUCGAAGUGAAAGAAAAUGGGUUUCGGCGAUUAUCCAGCGGAGUACGACCCUAAAGUCCACGGGCCGUACGACCCUGCACGUUUUUAUGGCAAAGCUGAUACUCCCUUGGCCCAAGUAAAAUUGGGGGAGCUUGGAGGGUGGCUUGCACGUCGCAAUAAGCAUCCCCAGGCUAUCGCUGGGGCUAUCAGCCGAGCGUACUGGAGAUGGCAACACAAGUACGUGCAGCCGAAACGCAGCGGGAUUGCCCCGUUCUUGCAAGUCGUUACGGCUUCGAUGGUCUUCUUCUAUGUGAUUAAUUCACAAAAAUUGAGCCGCCAUAAGAACUACAAGUACCACUAAGAAGAGGAGGGUUAUAAUGUCAGUGUAGUUGGUGUAAUCAAUAAUAAAGUUGGUUAAGUAAU